ACCUCUUGCGGGGCACAAUUUCUUUUAUGCUUUGAUACCGCAAGCAUUCAAAUUAGAUUUUAUAUAUCGUUUUCUAUUAGACUGCUCUUCAUUGUUAUGGUUUAGUUGUUCUUUUGAGAAAGACAAAGAACUUGUUUUUCUUGUGCGUAACACGUUUCUCGCGCCUGCGCACUCCGCGUCUUCUCGUCGACGGCCUUCCGCCAUACUGUGCAAACGUGUGGGAAUCGGUCUUCCAAGCCGGCAAAUUGCUUUGGUCAAGACUGGAGAUCAGAUCGUGAAACAAUACUGGCAAGGGUGGCCACCCCAGGGAGGACGUAAGGCAGGAGCUAAGUGUCUGCAGUGCCCAACCUGCUGCUGCUCUCCACUGCAAUUUUGAAUCUUCUUGGCGCCACACACAAGCUGCACAUAGCCUCGAGCGUUGCAUUAGGAAUCUGUGCGACUGUACAUCAUCCUUGGCGCGUGUGAAGGAAUAGAUUUUUUUCGAGGUUUCGUGUGCCGAUAGCGAAGGUAGAUGUCUGGAAGACGUGGAUCGUCAUCUUACCCACCGCGGCACUCACCGUACGGUGGUGGAGGGAACCGUAACUACGGUGGCGGCGGCCGGCAGUACGAUGAGCGCAACAGCCAUUACGGCCAACAUGAUGGCGCGCGCAGUCCACAUACCCAGAGCCAGCCGGACAAUAGAUACCAGUCAAAGUCUAUGCCACCACCUCAACAGCAGCCAAGAUCAUCAUCCCAGCCCUCCAAGCCUUCGCCACAGCCCCAGCAACAGCAGCAACAGCAGCAACAGUCUCCUCGUCAAACUCAACAGCAACAACAGUCUCCACAACAAACCCCGCGCCCCCAGCAAGCACCAACACAAGUGAACAACAGUCAGCAGCAGAAAACACCUGUGCAGCAACAGAAGCCCUCGCCCGUUCAACAGCAGAAGAAAGACCAGGCACCAAACCAGCAAGCGACUCCACCAAAGCCAGUGGCCAAGGUAGAGCCUCCGUCUCCGGUGGCCAACCAGAACUCUCAGCCCGUCACAAAUGCUUCAAGUGGCCAGGGCACCCCCAAUGCUACAACACCCAAUUCUGCAAAUGCAACGAACACCGCAAGCAAACCAGGUGGCGAACAUGCAGAGAAUUGCAAGCUUUUUGUGUCUAAUGUGUCGAACAUGAUGAACGACGAAACGUUUCGCAAGAUGUUUGAAGAGCACGGUGAGGUGCGUGACAUCUUCCUCAACAAGACCAAGUGGUUUGGCUUUGUGCUGUUCAAGACGCAUGAACAAGCAGAGAAGGCUCUGCGCGCCCUUAAUGGCACUGAGAAGAAUGGCCGCCGGCUGAAUGUUCGAUACGCGACGCAGCAGAAACCGGACCAGGGUGGGCAGCAGGGUGGGCCUCCUGGUGUUCCUGGCCCUCAGCAGAUGCAGCAACAGCAGCAGCUGGGACCAUUUGGUGGUCCCCCUGGCCAGGGCCCACCAAUGCCUCCCCCACACCCUCAGCCUGUAAAGCGUAGCGGGGCACGUUGCCGCCUCUUUGUGGGCAACUUAGGCAACAAUAUGACAGAGGAAGAGUUCCGCCGCAUUUUUGGAGCAUACGGAGAGCUGCUUGAGGUGUUUCUGCAUGCCCAGAAGGGCUUCGGCUUUAUCAAGUAUGAGCUUCGGCAACAAGCUGAGGCGGCCAAGGCUGCCCUAGACAACACGCCUCACGAGGGCCGCUACCUGCAGGUGCGCUUUGCCACGCAGGGUUCGUCACUAAAAGUUAAGAACCUCAGCCCAUUUGUGUCCAAUGAGCUGCUGGAAGAUGCAUUCUCCAUCUUUGGCGAGAUUGACCGUGCCGUGGUCAUCGUGGACGACAGAGGCCGCUCUGUGGGCGAAGGCAUUGUGGAGUUUGCACGCAAAACAAGUGCUCUGGCUGCACUCAAGAAGGCUUCGCAAAGCUGUCUACUGCUUACCGCAUCACCUCGGCCCGUUCUUGUAGAACCACUCGAUCUGCGUGACGAGGAAGAUGGAUUUCCCGAGAAAAACAUCAACAAGAACAACCCUCAGUACCUCAAGGAGCGUGAACUGGGCCCGCGCUUUGCUGAGCCUGGCACUUUUGAGUACGAGUUCUCCAGCCGCUGGAAGAAGCUCCUGGAGCUUGAGAAGCAGAAGCGCGAAUUUCUGGAGCGCGAAAUGGAGGAUGAGCGGCGCAAGCUUGAGGAAGAGAUGGAGUACUACCGCUAUGAACACGAGACACGGCUGCUGCGUGAGCAGCUUCGCAUCAUGGAGGAGCAGAGCAAGAUCUUUCAGCAUGAGCGAGAGAUGCGCCAUGCCGAGCAGAAGCGGCGUGAGGAGAUGCGCCGCCAGGAAGAGAUGCUGCUGCGCCAGCGAGAGGAGGACAUCCUCGGCUUUACACGCCGAGAGCAGGCUGCUCAGCAAGCAGCCAGCAUGCAGCAGAUGGCACCGCCACAACAGCAACAUGAGCAGAUGGCAGCUGCGGCAGCUCAGACCAAGGCACCAGCAGCUGCCAUUGAGGGGGCCACGUUUGUCAGCACCUACGACAGUGGCACCCGUGUGUCCCGCUUCGACCAGCAGCAGCCACCACAGCAGCACUAUGGAAUGCAGGCCGACGAUGGCAGGCGCCCCGACGAGUACGCAGACAGAGACCCCAAGCGUCGCCGCUACUGAUAACUUAACUGCACUCCAUCUAACCAGGCCGUGUCGUGUCACACUCACUCUGUCGUCGUCCUUCUCCUGUAAACAUUGCUCUCUGCAUUGCACUGUCUAUCUGUCGCCCAUUAAACAUAGUUCAAACACCAAGAAA